GGGGGAGAGCCGAGGCAGCGAUCUCCGGGGCUGGCGGCUGACUAUGGAAGAGCAGACGGACAGUAAAAGUCUCCGCCACCUUGCUGCCCCGCCGGCCAGCCAGACCACCAGCAGCGGCAGCGGCAGCGGCAGCGAUGGCGAGAGCGUGGCCCUGUCGCCCAGCCCGGCUCCCUUGUCCCCGGCGGCGUCUUGCCUGGUCUCGCUGCCCCACCAGCCGCAUCUCCACCACCACCACCACCAGCAGCAGCCGCCGCCGCCGCCCCAGCAGCAGCAACCCGCGCCGCCUCCGCCGCCGCCGCAGCACCGCACCACCAACUUUUUCAUCGACAACAUCCUGAGGCCGGACUUCGGCUGCAAGAAAGAGCCGCUCUUGAUCCUCGCCGGGACGACGCGAGAGGCCGGAGGGGGAGAAGGAGGAGGGGGCGGCGGCGGCGGCCGGGACAGAGCCCUCGAUCGCGGGGCCAGCUCAGGUAGAGAAAAUGUCAACCCUCUGCUCGCCAGGCCCCCCAACCCGGCCGCUGCUCUCCUUAGCGCCGAGGCGCCCGGCAACCCCGACAGCUCCUCGGCGGCUUCCAAAGCGAGCCCCGCCGCUGCGGCAGCGGUAGGGACGGCCAAGCCCCCUUCCUCCUCCUCCUGCUCGGAAGGGAGCGGAACUAGCCCGGCGAAGUAUGGGGAGCGCGCCAACCCCGCCAUCCUGCUCAUGGGCUCCAAUAAUGGAGGAGCCGCGGUCAAGAGCGACUGCCAACAGCCGCUGGUUUGGCCCGCCUGGGUGUACUGCACUAGGUAUUCAGACAGACCAUCCUCGGGUCCCCGCACGAGGAAGCUGAAGAAGAAGAAGAAUGAGAAGGAGGAUAAAAGGCCGCGGACGGCGUUCACUGCCGAGCAGCUGCAGAGACUCAAGGCGGAGUUCCAAGCCAACCGCUACAUCACCGAGCAGAGGCGGCAGACGCUAGCCCAGGAGCUGAGCCUCAACGAGUCGCAGAUCAAGAUCUGGUUCCAGAACAAGCGGGCCAAGAUCAAGAAGGCCACCGGCAUCAAGAACGGCCUGGCGCUCCACCUCAUGGCCCAAGGACUCUACAACCAUUCCACCACCACCAUCCAAGACAAAGAGGAGAGCGAAUGA